CAGAGCCUCCCCAAGAGCAAACAAGUUCCAGGAGCCCACACCCCAGCACACCAGGCACACGAAAGCUAGCGUUAGUACAAGUAGAACAUCACAUCUCACCUGAAGAUGUCUUCCGGGUCGGCGUCGUGGAGCACCUCCCCGAGCUCGGGCUCGGAGUGGAGCAAGAAGGAGAACAAGAUGUUCGAGGAGGCGCUCGCCUACUACGGCGAGGGCGCCCCCAACCUCUGGGACAAGGUGGCCAGCGCCAUGGGGGGCACCAAGUCUGCUGAGGAGGUACGCCGCCACUUCCAGAUCCUCGUCCACGACGUCAACAACAUCGAGCACGGCCGCAUCCCCUUCCCCAAGUACAAGACCCAGGGCUUCUGGACCUAAAAGGAUGAAGCAGUGUAAGCUCCAGUGGACAGUGAACAAAGAUGUACAAACUAUAUCUCUAAGAAGUAAGAAUGGACUGUUGUUCUAGAAGGAAGUAAGGGAAUCCAGCAUUGGUAGAAUAACAGGAAGGAAAGGAGCAUUGUCUAUUUUUGUGUACAAAGUAUUGUUAGGUCAUGUCCAAGGUUAAGUCUGCCUCAAUGUCGUUGUAGAUUCUCGUCUACAUUCAUGAACUGUGUUGUUGUUCAUUAUCAGUAAACUGUCAUGUAAACUCAUGUAUAUGUGUUAUUUGUAAGAAGUCGUGCCUGUCGCAUUUUGUUGCCUCCAA